UUACUUUCAUAUUUUGUUGACUUUAAAUUUUCUGACUCGCAUCCAAUUAAAUCACGAAAUCAUGUUGCUGCUUAAAGAUAAAUCACAAACACUCAAUGUGGACAAUUACACCAUCAUUAUACCCAGCAUUUGUGUGGGUAAUGCCGCUCAAUUGGCCUGCGACCUGUUGAUUGCCUCUAAGAAACUAAAGCGCAUUGGAAGCUUGUCCCAUGCAGCCUUAAUACCGGUAUUUGGACCCUCGGCCUAUCAACACGAACCCAACGAGUGUGUCGCCUCCUGUGAGCUCUAUGAAUCGCCGGAGGACAAACUGCUGGUUGUACAAUUCCGGGCUCCCUUCAUCUCCAGGCAGACGAAACGCUUUCAGAAUGAAUUUGUUACACUGCUGAAAGGAGCACGUCGUGUCAUCAUUUUGAGCGGCAGUUUUGGCUUUGAGCGUCGCGUCAUCGAGGGCUCACCGUGGGCAUAUCGUGCCACGGACAAAUUCAAAACGGAUCAUGCCACCGAGUUGGGCGAUCAGGCACUAGUCAAGUGGCAGGAACACACUGGCGAACACAUCUUUGGUGGCGGCAAUGCGUUGCAGUUGUACAAGGCAUUCGAGGAUGCCCAGGUACCUAGCAUGCUGCUGUUCCGUUAUCUCCUUGAGGGCGAUAACUCCACGGAUGCCAAGCUGAUUGUGCGUGAGCUGAACGAGUUGUGUGGUGACUUCUUAAAGUUGCGAGUCGCGAGUGAUGCUGGAGAUGGCAAGUUUAAGUUGACGUUGCCUUCGUCGUGGAAUCUAUUGUUUGGCAACGAUGUAACCGAGUUACUAUUUUAGCAUUAUAAACAUUUAUUCUGGUCAUGUGAUAUAGUACAGCUAUAAUAAAUGCCUAAUCUUUUGGUGUAGGAUAAUAA